AUGUUUGAUUGCCGAGAUUUCAUCGCCCCAAAGUUGAGGGAAUUCAAGUUUAGUUGGGACAAAGAGAUCGAGAGAAUGCGGAACUUCUCGAGUAAUCUAUAUCCAAAUUUGGAACAGCUACUGUUGUUAUAUCGUGGGGACCCUGGUGAAGAUGAGGAACAUGAUGAAAAACGUCUUGAUCUUUCCCGAAUAAAAGAGCUUAAAAAAUUAAAGCUGACCUUGAGAUUAUUAAAGGACCUUGAGCUUGAAAACCUUGAGGAUUUGAAGUUGGAUCGCUGCUCAUUUACUGAAUUUGGUGAUUUAGAGAAUUGUUUAAAUUUGAAAUCACUAUCCGUUACUGUUUGCGAUAUGCAGGUAGUUACUACCGAUUUCAGUAGCCAUAAAAAAUUGGAAUCUCUCAAUUUGAGCCGAAAUAAACUACAAACGUUUGAAAAUAUCAACUCGAUUCGUAAUUUAACACCACUUAAUAUUAGCUGCAAUAGAUUGCAGUCAAUAGACAACCCCUUGCUUCUAUCAAGGUUGAAAACGUUGGUUAUUGGUAACAACGAAAUAAUGGCAUUGGAUGAGAAUAUUGCAUCAUUAGCGUCUUCUUUAGAAGAAUUAAAAGCUGAAUUCUGUUGUAUUGAACAAAUAACAGUUGAUUUUUCUAAGUUUGAAAACCUUCAAAGGCUUUCAUUGAAGCAUGGUUACUGCUACGGCAAAGACGAUAAGCCAAAAAUCUCUGUCAAGCCGUUUGCAAAUAUUAUCUCCUUGGAAUCAUUGAAUCUAGAAAGAAACAAUCUUAAUGGCACUUGA